UAUGCGAUCGAACUUGUCAUCUCGCGGUCAGCCGCCACCGCCCCAAGUGCAUGCGCCGCGACCGUCGGCGCCAGCAGCGCCGCCUCCUGUGCCAUUCAGCCCAGCUAGCGCGUACAGCGGCCUGCGCGGCAGCUCGAUGACGACGAAGGAGCAUCAGAUGGCCUUCAAGCAUUCGCCGUCGCUGGCAUUCCCGCCCCUUCCGCCUCUUGCGCCCACGACCUCGGCUGAGCCAACGACGCGUCCGGGCAGUGCGAUGUCGCGGCGGUCGGCGCGGUCGUUACGCUCGCAGCGUGAAGCAGACGCGGACAGGGACCGCGCGAGGCAAGACGCAGAGGACCAUGCGCGGCUGGCGAGCGAGCUGCACCGCCCGAGCUCGCGCGGCUCGGCGUACGGGCACUACGACCCAUCCACGUACGUUGACCCGGCACUCGUGCGGUCGACGGAGGACUUGACGCUGCCGGCGCAAGCUGCGACGCCGCGUUCGCGGGCUGCUGAGGUGUCGGCGACGCCGCGAUCCAGGCAGCGCGCGUUGUCGCGGUCGAGGGAUGAGCUGCGGAGCCCAAGGUCUCAGCCGCCAGCAGACCCACCGCCUUCGUCGCGCGCGUCGGAGGCGCCGUCGCAGGGGAGGAGCCAGGGGACGUCGGACGACUACGGUGCGGAGACAGAUGCGAACACGCGCGCAAAUGCAGCAAUGAGGGCGUCUUCCCUGCGGUCGCGCGGCGGCGACUCAACGAGGGGUGGUACGGGCCCAGGCGAUGCAUAUCGUGGACCGCCUCCUCCGCAGCAGCCCAGCGCGGGUAUGCCCUACGCUGGGGGCGCGCAGCCGUACGGAGCGCCGCUUGGCUAUCGUGCUCCUCCGGCCUCGCAUGCAUAUGGGCAGCCAAGGGCACCUCCUGUGUAUCCCUACGCAGCAGCUGCGCCACCUGCCGGGUAUGCCCAGCCUCCUCAUCCUCCGGCGAGUCCGUACGCCCCUCCCGCGGUCCCAGGCGGGAUGCCUAAUGGCGCUGGCCCCGGUGGCGGCGUUUAUGGUCCCCCUCCCGUGCAGAACGGCAGGACAAGCCCCUUCAUCCCUGAGCGGCCACCGUCGCGGUCAAGCUCGCCGACCCCGGUGCCCGUUCCUCCGCCUCAGCCCCAAGGCCCGCGUCGCGAGCGCUCGCAAACUUCGUACACGGAUUUGGACUACGCAGAGUAAGGUGUUGAUCUCAAUGCUCGGAAAAUGUACAUACUAGGACCCUUUUCUCCUUUUUCACGCCCUGUUCACGACCCAUUAUGUAUUCUGAUGUGCAGCUGUCGAUCUGCUGUUUGUACGAUUUGUGUGCUGUGAAUGCUCUGCUUGUACUACAUAUUUCUCUAUCGAUCUUAUUUGUUCCUUUU